AUGGCGUUCAAAGAAAGACGGCAGGAAGAGAAGCACAAAAGAGAUAUCCUGGACUCCACAGAAAUCCCAGCAGAUCUCAUUGAUCCAGCUGCCAUCGACCUCACUCCGCUGGUCAAUACUUUAAUAAAUACAAGCCAAUCGGGCUCCCGUCAGCUCUUCUCUCUCCUGAGUGUGACGUCCUACAGCUCUCUGGCUCUCCAUAAACUCACCCUGUUGGUCUACAACAUUUCCAGCAUCAGAAGUUUUGAAAGCAACAUGUUCAGGAGAAGAUUCUGCUACUGUGUGACAAAUGAGACCAACGAUCUAACAGACUUUACGGCCAUACUGUUGGAUGUGAUGGGAAACUCAACAAGUUACCUACAUGAGCUCUUUAAAUCGGCCUCUAUAUUAUCGGUAAGCCAGAGGAACAACUCAGACUGUAUUUACAUCUGCGUGAUGGCAGGUAAGACGGGUAAAGAAGUGCCAGAGCUGUGGGAGGUCAACUCCAUCACUCCGCUCUUCAACCAGACCAUCGUUGAAGGACCACAUAGAGGAACCUGUCUUCUUCCUUUUCAAGUAGGUAACAUUUCCUCCAUCAGACUCCCUGCUGAAUGGCACCAACCUCCCACAAAUCUGAGUCACAUCUCUCCAUCUGGGAUGAGCUCCAUGUUAACCAGCAGGGUCCAUUCUACUGCACAUGUUUCAUCAACAACAAUGGAUGAAACAGCUGCUACAACAGCGCAGCUCACCACUUCCCAACCACGGGCAACAGGUCAACAACCCAUGACCAUUAUGCCACAAAGUCAAACUACAGUGGGCAGACAGGAGACAACAAUGAGGACGACACAAAUGGCGACGACACAAAAAGUAAUAACACAAGCCGGAACGACAGCACAGAUGAAAGCAGUCAUGCCAGCGCAACCAGUCACCACUGCAACAGUCGCAGCUCCAACCACAGCUACACACCAGUCAAGUACAACAAUCCAGGACACGACUCCCACUGUUCAUCCAACGAGACUUUCACCUGUCCGUCCCACAGCAGGACCUACGGUGGCUGCAAGGACUACAGGGCCUCUUAGCAGGAAAACUACAACAACUAGCAAGCCUGUGGUAACAGAAAAACCAGGUUGUCCUUGGAGAAGGCCGGAGCUGACCGACGUCUCGAUCUCCAGCAGUACGACCACCGUCAGCGCUCACAAGCUGCAGCCAUGCGUCCUCGAGCUCUGCAAGUUCUUCUCGCAGUGCCUCUGCAGACCCUUGAGCCACAAGACACGCAUGAAAAGAUACUGUGACGACAGCCACGUGUGGUAUGAAAAACACACGUCUGAAGUGUGUCGGCGGGUCAGGAGAGUUUCCUUCUCAAGAAAUCUGAAACAGAGAUGCCUGACAAAGAUGUGCAAUAAACUGUGACCAGAGUGGAAGCAGAGAGAAACAAAGAGCUGCUUAUCAGCACAGGAAGUGACUGAAACUACAAACUACACCUGAGGACACUUCUGCAACAUUCAAAAAUGGAUGGGUUUGGAAAUUGUUCACAAGAUUUUCAAACAAAUGUACAACUUUUACAAAUCUGUCAUAUAUUGACAUUAUAUUGUCAAUAUAAUUAUAAAUUAAUAUAAUGAAAGUGAUGUGAUCUAGUUUUUAGGCCCAAGAAGAAUAAAUGUACUGUAUGACUCAUUCUGAACUGAACCAAAAUCUGGAAUCCUGAAACUGCAAAAACACGUUCUGGACUAUUUAUGAAAGUCAGAUUUAAAACCAGCUCAGCAAAUCAACUGAUCAUUUUAAGGUUCAGAAAACAGUCUGGAAUUUGAGACCAAAUGUAUUUAAUUGUCUUUUUCUAAAGAAACAGAUUUCAAUUUUUCUUCUGUCAGUUUAAAUAAAAUCUGGCUAAUUUUCCCAGCUG